GGGGUAGAGCUUACCAUCUCCUCUUCCCUCUGCUCCUCCUCAUUCUUCUACCAAUGGUCUUCUCUGCUACUCUAAUUACUACCAGUGAUGCCUACCUACGAUGCAACGGUUCCAUUGCAGAGUGCAAUGAAGAGGAGGAGUUGCUGAUGGAGUCGGAGAUAGCUGGAAGGUUUCUCCAAGAAAGGCAGUACAUCUUUUAUGGAGCUGUAAAACCAAACCAGCCCGUCUGUGGUGGAGGUGCAAGUGGUGAAGCUUAUACUAAAACCGACAGCUGCCAACCACCUCCUUCAAAUCCUCAAAACAGAGGCUGCUCUAAGUAUUAUCGAUGUCGCACUGAUUCCUGAUUUCAUCUCAUCAUUUGUAAUCUUAUCUGUGUUGGUAUAUAUACAACAUGAUUUC